AUGGGAUGCCGAUUCUCUUGUGGAAGUUACUUUGACAACGGGUCAUUGAAAGUGAAACUACCACCAAAGACCGGGCGAGGAGGGAUGCAACAAAUGGCUCAAAUGUCUGUCGGACGAGCAUUGCACAAGCCAUUUGAGGGGCACAAAAAAGGCGGGAUAGCCUCGUUAAAAUCUACCUGUACACUUUCUGAUGGUAUGGGCAUUUCUACGGCCUAUUCAGUACGUGGGCACAAUGGAGAGGUGGAAACGACAGAUCGUAGCAUUUAUCGAUCAGCAAUCAGAAAGGACCAUACAGAGGAAUAUGGUUGCAAUCAAAACAACGCAGAGAGGCAGUCACACAAAGAAUGGUUGCGAUGCCGAGUUAGGCCCAGAGGCUCUCGGCUGAAACCUGCACCGUCCGAUAAGCACCACUGGUGGACGCACAAGCAAAAAACACGAACACAAGACACACUUUAUCGCCCUCUCUUCUCUACUUCACAUGUUCAUUCAUUUGUUCAUUCAUUCAUUCAUACAUUCAUUCAUUCAACCACUCGUUCAUUGGUUCGUUGGUUCAUUCUUCAAGGGACUCUCUGGGACAAACAGACGAACAUACAGAAUGCGUUUGUUCGUCAUAAAGUGACCAACAUCACACCGAGUGGUUUCCAUGCUGUCGCAGCGACGUGGCCAAAACCACAAUUGGGUGAUGACUUUUCCGGCUAA